AUGUUUAAAAGAAGAUUAUCUACAAGACAAGUAUUUACAAGAAGUAAACCAAAAGAGACAAAGAAAGUAGUAAAUCAAUAUUUACCAACUACUGCUUUACCACAAAUACCUGAUCAUAUAAAAUCAAAGUCUCUCAAAGAAAUUUAUGAAUCAAUAGGUGCUAAAGAUGUAUACGACCGUUUGAAUGAACCAAAAGGUGUCAACUUCAAUAUACCAAAACAAUUUAUAAAACAAGACCAAGUACCAGAAUCUAAAAAAAUAAAUCAUCAAGCAUUAGAUGAAAAACUUAAAAAUUUUAUACAACAAGAAAAAACUGAUGAUUCAUUAAUAUCAACAAGUCAUGAAAUUAUAUCGAGUUUAGAAUCAAACUUAAAUGAAAUGUAUCCUAUGUUAUCACAUCCUUUAAAACGUUCAAUAUCAGGUAUAUCAAAAAUAAAUCCAGAAUUAGAUAAUAUAGACGAUGAAUAUUUAUGGGAAUUAUAUCCAAAUAAUAAAAUGUAUGGUAUACCACCAUAUCAAUCAGAUGUAUUGGGUUUUAAAAAAUGGGAAAAUGAUUUAAUAGACAAAAACCACAAACAAGAAAUGGAAGAUGAAUUGAACAAGAGGGAGUAUAAACAAUUUGUAGCACAACUUAAAGGUAAUUCAUUAUUUGGUACUCAACAUAGAAGGAAAUUGAAUAGAGAUUUGUUAAAGAAGUUUAAAAAAUUACAAAAAGAAGGUAAAAUACCUAAAUAG